AUGAAACAGAUGACAGCAAUAUUUUGGAUGUUCAAAGGACGGGAUAUCAACGUGCGGGCGCUCAUUCGGCUGUAUGGCUACGCAGCAAUCAUGUCCAUAGCCACGGACGAUGACUCCGCUUCCGGUGGCAGCUCGAGCAGGGCUGCGGGAGGCUCGCACCGACGUAACGUCGGCGGCGGCCACGAGAUCUCGUCGGCAGCCGCCUCGGGUGACAGCGGAGACGCCAAGGCGCCGUUCUCGCGGAAGGGAGCCACUGUGGCGGCUAUCGUGUGCGUGGCCGGCCUGAUCGUCAUCUGGCUCCUGGUCAUGGGCGGCACCAAGAAGCCCACCGAAAGGCCACCUGCGCAUUCGCCUCCUCCGGCUAUGAUGCGCAAGCCGUUCAUGCCGCACAUGACCGACAGGAGAGGAGCGGCGUUGCCCGCGCCUCCUCCCAGGCUACCCCAGCCUGGGAAGCCGCCCUCCGAGAAUCUCGUGCCGCCGUCCCUCGUGAAGCCUCCGCACCCGGCGGCGCGAUUGCCGCAAAGUCCCAGGCCGAACGACGAGCGCAGCGUGCCACUCGUGUUCCCGGGGAGUCCGGCUGCAGCCACCGGUGUUCCGAACUCGCUGCCCGAGCGCCCCUACUCUCCCGACGACGACUACCUGCCGCCCCCGCGCUCCGACUUUCCCGAGAAACUGCCGCUCUACGUGGUUCCCCAACACUACGACCUCAUGAUCAAGGUUGUGAUGGAUGCGAACCGAGACCAGAAUUUCAUGUUCGGCGACACCUACUACCUGGGCAAGACGAUCGUGCUGCUGAGAUGUAUGAAGCCCACGCAGACGGUGUACCUGCACGCAGCCGGCUUCACCAUCAAGGAGCAGCAGACGACGCUCGUCCGAGAGGCCGACAAGACGUUCGUCGGCAUCGGCAAGAUGGCCAUCAACGAUGACCUCGAGAUGCUCAAGAUUGAGACGGACUCGCCGCUGGAGCUCAACGAGUCCUACUCGCUGUCUAUCGAGUUUGCCGGCGCCAUCAGGAACAUACCGCGCGGAAUCUACAAGUCCUACUUCAUCAGCGACAACGAACGCAUCACGGUCGUGGCGACGCAGUUCUUGCCCACGUACGCUCGCUGGGUGUUCCCGUGCUUCGACGAGCCCUCUCUGCGGACCACCUUCGACCUGGUGGUGGUUCGGCCCAGCCACUACCGCAGCUUCUCCAAUAUGCCACUCUCGAAAAGCGAGGAGAGGUCCCGGGAUUUCGUGGCCGACUACUUUGAUAGAACGCCUCCGAUGGCGACCCACAACUUGGGUUUCGUUAUUGGGCAGUAUGUGACAGCAGGAAAUGGAAUGAUCAAGGUGCACGGAACCCCGCAGCAGGUGCGCAACGCAGACUACGCCCUGCAGGUGGCUCCGAAGAUACUACAGUACUGCCAGGAAACCUUCAGUCUCAACUAUCCCAUCCCCAAACUCGACUUCGUGGCCGCCCCGAUUCUGCCGGCGCCGGCCAUGGACCAGUGGGGUCUGAUCACCUUCCAGGACGUCUACCUGACAUUCCGCAAUGACGACACGCCUUUUCAGAUGAAAGUCGACUCGCUACGGGUUAUCGCCAACAAAAUCGCGCAGCAGUGGAUGGGCAACCUGGUCACCAUGGCCUGGUGGGACGACAUGUGGCUCAAAGAAGGCAUCUCCCGCUACAUCACCUACACAGCGGCUAACAGGGCGGAUCCCCAGACGGACGUGGGCUUUACAGUACUCGAGUCCGAUGCUCACCUUGCCAUGGAGGCCGAUGGGUUCAACUCGUCUGCGCCUGUGUCGAGGCUUCUGAACACACCUGCAGACAUUCGGAGGCACAUCAACGCGGUCACACUAUCCAAGGAGCUGUUCAAGAAGUACAGCUACCAUUCCAUUCAUCCUCAGCAUUUAUACAAGGAAAUACACACGGCUCAGAAGGCCAUGUACGACCGGGUGACGGUCAACUUGACUACCGUGAUGCGAGAGUGGACGUACAAUCCCGGCUUUCCGGUGGUGUUCGCGAACCGCUCCUACGAGACGAACACAUUCUACCUUUACCAGAAGCGCUUCAUUUUCGGCAGCGGACCCGUUGACAAGCAAGUGCUCACUCCCUCCCAGCUUUUUGCAGCGCCGAGCAAGACUCAUUGGUUGCUGCUCAACGCUCAGGAGACCUAUUACUACAAGGUCAACUACGACAGGGCCAACUGGUUGUUGCUCGUCGGUCAGCUGGAGACGGACCACAAGGUAAUUCACGAGUUCAAUCGAGCUCAGCUCAUCGACGAUGCACUCGACCUUGCCCGAGGCGGCCAGCUGCAGUACGACGUGGCGUUCGAUGUGCUCGAAUACCUGCCCAAGGAGCGUCACCACGUGCCCUGGAACGCGGCGCUCACAAACUUCCAGAAGCUGGACCCGGUGCUGAGGCACACGAAGAUAUACACAAAGUGGAAGAGGUUCGUGAACCACCUGCUCUCAAAUCAGUACGAGCGCCUCAUGUCGGAGGAGAGCAAGGACGAAUCGAUGCAGAUAUCGGUGCCGCACUCGUACCGUCCCCUCGUAUUCUGUCAGGCCAUCAAGCACGGAAACGAAGAGGACUUCAACUUCCUGUGGAAGCACUACGAGUUGUCGGCCAACACCCAGGAGCGCGUGGUGCUGCUCAAGGCGCUGUCCUGUACCACCGACUUGAAGCUUCUAGAGAGGUUGGACAUGGAUGAACUUACCUUGAAUAUUAUGUCGACGCUGCUGCUACAAUUGGUGAACAAGAACUCCGGCGUGGAGACGACGCAGAAGGCGGCUAACCUGCUCAACGCCAUCUCAAGCACAAGCAUAUCGGGAAGCAAGAGCGUUAUCCGCUUCAUGACCGAUCACCAGGACACCAUGUUCAACCGGUUUGGCACCCUCCAAGGUCUUUUCGAUUCCAUCUUGCAGACGGUCGUGGACAACAUCAGACAUGAAAGCGAGCUAGAAAAGCUUCGCGAAAUCUACGAGCGUACCCGAGACGUGCUACCCAGUGAAGAGGAGAAGGUGCUGCACAUGAUCCAGAACGCACGCGAGCACAUCCGCUGGAUUACGUACUAUUACCGGGACGUCGAGUUGUGGCUUGACAAGCGCUUCGUACUAGACCACCGGGAAAGUGAACACGUGAAAUAAAUUGACACACAUGUAAUUUUUG